AUGUCGGUACCUUCCAAACAUCCACGAGACACCAGCUGCGUCCACGGACCCAACAGCCGAAAGUGCUGGAGCAAGGGGUUUGACAUCACCACGGACUACUAUGAAAAUAUUCCAGACACUGGUGUUGUACGCGAAUACUGGUUCAAUAUAGAGAACGGCACCGCUUCGCCUGAUGGUGUUGAGUUUCCUGUGCAGUUGAUCAACGGCUCGUUCCCAGGACCUACCAUCAUCGCCGACUGGGGCGACACAUUCUCCACGUCAAGAACUUUGCAAAACAACGGCACUGGUCUCCACUUCCAUGGCAUCCGACAAAAUUACACUGAUGGCAUGGAUGGCGUUCCUAGCAUCACACAGUGCCCUGUUGCCCCUGGUGACUCCUUCACAUACAGAUGGCGUGCGACCGAAUAUGGAACGGGUUGGUAUCAUUCCCACUUCUAUGUCCAGGCCUGGGAUGGAGUGUUGGGUGGAAUCCUGAUUAAUGGACCUGCGUCUGCGAACUACAAUGUCGAUCUUGGGCAUGUGUUCUUGAAUGAUUUGUACCACGUAAUCGACUGCCGAUCAGCUAGUCUCCAAGCGGCCACAGGAGCACCGCCGACCACACCCAACAGUCUGAUCAACGGAACAAACACCUGGAACGAGGAAGACGCUCGCUUCGAAACGGUCUUCAACCCAGGAACCCGAUACCGAAUGCGUUUGGUCAAUGCCGGAGCCUACCAGCACUUCCGGUUCAUGAUCGAUAACCAUACGAUGGAAGUCAUGGCGAACGACUUUGUGCCUAUCCACCCUUUCAACACGACUCAGCUCAGCAUUGGCAUGGGACAAAGGUACGAUAUUAUCCUCACCGGUAAGCAGAUCAAAGCGGGCAACUUCUGGAUGCGUGCUAUUCCGCAGUCAGCCUGCUCCGAGACCGAUGCCACAGACAAGGUGAAGGGUAUCAUUCGGUACGACAACACCUCCGCCACCGACCCUACGACUUCCGCUUACAGCUACAGCGAUUCUUGUGCUGACGAAGACCCGUCGAAUCUGAUCUCGUAUCUCAAGCUCGAUGCAUCGGAGACCUAUACAUACCAGACAGGAGAGAAUGUGGAGGUCCAGGUCACCGAUAAUGCGAUGUUGUGGCUCAUGAACAAGACUUCUUUCCACACGCAAUGGGAAUACCCAUCCCUGUUGCAGGUGGCUCAGGGAAACACCACAUGGCUGAAGAAGCAGCGUGUCAUCCAUCUUCCAGCCGCUGACAAAUGGGUUUACAUGGUCAUCCACUCGCCCUUCGCUCAGGAUCACCCAAUGCAUCUUCAUGGGCAUGACUUCUGGCCUGACUCUUGUCAAUACCCCCGUCGAGAUGUCGUUAUGCUUCCUGCGAGUGGAUAUGUUGUCAUCGCUCUCAAGACAAACAACCCUGGAGUUUGGCUCAUGCAUUGCCACAUCGCCUGGCACAUUUCGGAGGGGUUUGCAAUUCAGCAGCUCGAGCGUAUCUCGGAUAUUUCGUGGGAUAUGGCGUCGCAAAACUCGACUUGCAAGAACUGGGAUCGCUAUGCCCACGCAGACGACGUGACCCAGUACGAUUCGGGCGUUUAA